AUGCGACUAACGGCGACAUUUUGUGCUCUAAGGUCGACAUGUACCGACCUACAUUCCGCCCCAAAAAUAGGAGGCCUGUUUGAUGGCGCUACGGAAGAUGCUGAACUCGCAUUUCAGUAUGCUGUAGAAGCAGUCAACAACGAGAAACUAUCAUACUCAAACUACCAGCUGGAGGGGCAAGCAGUACAAGUGAAGUACAGCGAUCAGUUCGACGCAUCCAAGAAGGUGUGUCGUCUGCUGAAGACAGGAGUGGCAGGCAUCUUCGGUCCAUCCUCUCCCAAAUCGGCAGUGCACGUCCAAAGUGUGUGCGAUGAGAAGGAGAUGCCCCACAUAGAGACCCGUUGGGAUGCGUACACCAAACUACCGACCCUCAACCUGCAUCCGCAUCCCCAUAUAAUGGGUCGUGUAUUUCUGGACCUGGUAGUGGCAUUCGAAUGGAAAGAUUUUACCAUUCUGUACGAGUCCGGACCGUGGCUGCCCAGUAUUGCCGAUCUGCUGAAAAUGUACGAUCCGAAAGGAUACACGGUGACGGUACGGCAGCUUGAUCUACGCCUGAACGGCAACUAUCGGGCCGUCCUGCGGAGGGUAAAGUUGUCCGAGGAUAAACGAAUCAUUUUAGCGUGUUCAAUCGACUCCAUGCCCGAAGUGCUGAAACAGGCACAGCAGGUGGGUUUGCUGACCGAUCAUCAUCAGAUCAUCAUAACUUCGCUCGAUCUUCACACGAUCGAUCUGGAACCGUACCAGUACAGCGGUACCAACAUAACCGGCGUUCGGUUGAUCGAUCCCGAAGAGGACAAAAUCAAACAGGUGGCCGAGUUCCUGAACGCAUCACAGAUUGCGAAAACACUUGAGCUGCAUGAUGGAUUGAAUCCGGCAAAAAUGCGCGUGGAAACGGCACUGAUGUAUGAUGCGGUGCUGCUGUUUGCCGAAGCACUCAAGCAUCUGAUCGGUAGCGAUCCACCGCGUCUUCUCGAACCUAUCUCGCUCAAGUGUGACGAUCCCACAACUUGGAAAAAUGGGUACAGCGUUAUCAACUACAUGAAGAGCUCCACCAUCCACGGGCUAACGCGAAAUAUCAAGUUCGACCAUCAGGGCCAUCGUUCCGACUUCCUGUUGGACAUUAUCGAGCUUGGCCCGGCUGGGUUGGAAAAAGUUGGUGUUUGGAACUCGACCGAAGGGCUCAACUUUACACGCAAGAAAGAGCAAACAAUGCAAGCGCUUGACGAUGGAACGCUACAGAAUCGCACCUUCCUCGUGUUGACUGCUAUCUCACCACCGUACGGCAUGCUCAAGGAUUCACCCAUUAAACUCUCUGGCAAUGAGCGAUUUGAAGGCUUCGGGAUCGAUCUAAUUCACGAGCUUUCGCUUAUGCUCGGGUUUAACUACACCUUUAUACUGCAGGAAGAUGGCGUGUACGGUUCGCUCAAUCGUGAUACUAAGAAGUGGAACGGCAUGGUGCAGGAACUGCUCGAAUGGCGUGCAGAUCUUGCCAUCACCGAUCUUACGAUUACAUCCGAUCGAGAAAGUGCAGUCGAUUUUACCAUGCCCUUCAUGAAUCUGGGUAUCUCGAUUCUCUUCCGUAAGCCAACCAAGGAACCACCUUCUCUGUUCUCGUUCAUGUCACCGUUCUCGAAGCAGGUGUGGAUGUACCUUGGCGGUGCCUACAUGAUGGUGUCGAUGUCGCUGUUCGUGCUAGGACGCAUCUCACCGAAAGAAUGGGAUAAUCCGUAUCCCUGCAUUGAAGAACCGGAAGAGCUAGAAAACCAAUUUAGUUUCAGUAACUCAAUGUGGUUCACGAUAGGUGCCUUGCUGCAGCAAGGUUCCGAGAUUGCGCCCAAGGCUCCAGCUACACGUGCCGUUGCCUCCAUCUGGUGGUUCUUUACACUGAUUAUGGUUUCGUCAUAUACCGCCAAUCUGGCCGCUUUCCUGACUGUUGAGCAGGUGGUCUCUCCGAUCAACAAUGCUGAGGACCUAGCAGCUGCUGGUGGCACUGUAAAGUAUGGCGCGAAACGUGAUGGUAGUACGAUCAGUUUCUUCAAGGACGCGGAGUAUGGGACGUACGCUAAAAUGUACCAAUACAUGAUGGCCAACCAGGAUCUGCUUACCUCGUCUAAUCCGGAAGGUUUGCAGCGUGUCAAAACGGAAAACUACGCCUUUCUGAUGGAGUCCACCUCAAUCGAGUACAUCGUCGAGCGUGAGUGUGACGUUACCCAGAUCGGUGGUUUGCUCGAUGAUAAGGGUUACGGGAUUGCGAUGCGCAAAAAUUCUCCCUACCGUAGCGCACUCAGUGAAGCUGUACUGAGGUUACAGGAGCAAGGUGUCCUCACCUCCUUGAAGCGCAAAUGGUGGAAGGAAAAGCGUGGCGGUGGUGCUUGCUCGAACACAAUGGAGGAGGGUGGUGCACUCGCACUUGAGCUGGCAAAUGUUGGUGGUGUUUUUGUGCUGUUGAUCGUCGGCUGUGUCGCGGCACUGUUUGUCAGCUUCUGCGAGAUGCUGUGUGACGUUCACCGUCGUACACGCGAAUUGAAGCAAAGCACUAGUGACGACGGUGCCGAGGAGCUUGACAUGGACAAUGUGGGCGGCGUGUUUUUCGUCCUCUUUGUCGGUUGCUCCUUUGCCAGCUUGUUUGGCUGCUGCGAGCUAUUCUUCGUCAUUGCACACCGAGCUAGACGGCACAAGGUACCGUUCCGCGAGGAACUAAUGGCCGAGCUGCGCUUUGUCGCCAAGUGCCACGGAAACACAAAACCGGUAAGACAUCGCAAGAGUUCAUCCGCAUCAGCCGAGAACUCACUGGAAUCGGCCAUGGAAUCGGCUGCACAGUCGGCCACAUCGAGCAAACAAGACAUUUCGGGAAGUCCAGCCGGUGCUUUGGCCGAAGGACGUGAUACCGAAUCGGCGAACCGUCAGCGAAAGCAGAACGGGGGAAAAUCGGCCCUGAAUGGCAGCUCCCGAAAGGUGAAACCGGACGAUGUGUGA